AUGAUAUCGAUUCUUCGGAGUAGAACCCAAGGACUGACGAAUAUCACAUCGAGCACCAGGCGACUACCAUUGGCUCACUCGCUUCGAGAUAAAAUCCCAACAACCAUGGCUGCUUCGACGACCAAGAAGAAAACUGCCACGAAGCGCAAAACUGAAGAUCAGCCUGACGACCCGUCAUCCUCCAAACCCGUUCCGACCAAAAAGGCUAAAGGUCCGACGGUACCAUUGCAUGCUCAUUUACCUAAUAAUAGGACAUUCCCUUCCAAGCUCGAAUUCCCGGACAAAAAAGAAGACGCGCUCAGGAUUUCGGCUUGGAACGUGUGUGGUAUCAACGCCUGCGAGAAAAAGGGGCUGAAGACGUAUCUCAUGGCCGAGGACCCGGAUAUAAUGAUCCUUAGCGAGACUAAGAUGCAAGCCGAGCCAGACAUCUUGCACAUCAAGCAUCAGUUCAAAUAUCGGUACUGGGGUGGAGACAACACCAAAGGAUACGCCGGAGUGGCCAUCCUGUCGAAACACAAACCGCUAGAGGUAGUUUACGGUCUACCAACCGCUGAUGACCAAUCUUCGACCAAGGGACGUAUUAUUACAUUAGAAUUCUCCACGUUCUUCCUCAUCGGCACUUACACACCGAAUGCCGGUGAUAACCUUAAGUUCAUGGAUCGCAAGAAAGAAUGGAAUGAAGCAUUUGAGAAAUACCUUCGUGAAUUAGACGCCAACAAACCGGUUGUCUGGGGAGGUGAUAUCAAUUGUGCACCAUCAGAGAAAGACAUCCGAAACGCGGAGAGCAAUUGGAAUAAAACCGCAGGAUAUACUCAAGCAGAGUGCGAUGGUCUGAACAGUCAGCUCAGCCCACCUGAAGAGAGCGAGCACGAAAAACUAGUUGAUGUUUGGCGGGAACUUAAUCCUGAUCUGGAGGGUCACUACACUUAUUUUAGUUAUCGGUUUAAAUGUCGAGAAAAAGGGAUCGGAUGGCGAAUUGAUUCAUUCAUUGUAUCUAAACGAGUUUUCGAGAACGUGAAAGCAUGUGAGAUCCGCCAAGAAUGUUACGGUGCCUCUGAUCACGUCCCCGUGGUCAUAGAAAUCGGCUUAUCACCUUAG